UCUUUUGAGUUUUGACAAGAAACAAACAAAAGCUGAGAGGGAUUUUCCAGCCUGUUGCAGCUUCAAGCCAGCUUGUGUUUGUGUUAGUACGCAGAAAAGAAAUUCCCUCCUCUUUCCAGAGCCAUUCUUCUCUUGAUAUUUCCUUCAGCAGAUUCCAUUGUCAUUGGUGAGGGAGGAAAAGAAAAUCACUCUGUCCCAAGCGUAUACUCCAGACGCAUUUUGUCUUUGUAGUUUACCCUUCUUUCUUGGGUUAGAUCUGAGAAAGAAAGAGAGUUUCUUGAUUGGAGAUGAGAUUUUGAAGAAAGCGUGUUGGUGGGUUUUAUUGUCCUGCUGCAUUCGUUGCUUUUUGUGCUCCCAUUGAAGGAAAAUCAAGUUCCCAGAAAGAUUUCAAGAAGGUAACUCAAUGCUUGUUCAAGAAUCCGCAAGUGUUUUGAUCCAGUCAUUGAAACCCUAGAUAGAAAGUGCGCUAUUUGAGUUUCUAUAGUAUCUGCCUUUUUUUCAUAUCUUGGAUUGAGCAGCCCUUGACUUGAUUCAAGAUCAGGGUUCCCCCCCUGCAUUGCUUCUUUGUUCUUCAACAACUGUAAACAGGUUGCAUUUUAAGCUGGUUUUACAGUGACUUUCUUAAAGAAAACAACCCUCGUUUCUUGAGGUUGCUUUAAGAGAUGAAGGUCCAGGGAUUAGAAUUGGAGAUUAUGGGCCUGCUAUUUUUGUUCGUAAUCUCUAUGUUUGUGAGAACUGGAGAAGCCGAAUCGAAGACUUUUCUGAUAAAUUGUGGCUCAAAUGCAAGUGUCAAUGUGGAUGGUAGGAGAUGGCUUGGUGACUCGGCCCCUCAAACCAAUUUUACCGUGAGCUCAGGCAUUGUGGCCUCGGACUCCUCCUUCAAUGGUGAUUUAGCCUACGCGUCACUCUAUCGAACAGCCCGGCUAUUCACCCAAAGUCUAAAUUACACAUUUAAAGGAGCCACAGGAAAUUACUUUCUUAGGCUGCAUUUCUAUCCCAUUUCCUUUCCUGCUUACAAUGCCAAUGAAUCUUUAUUUUCUGUUGUCGCAAACGGUUUGAAAUUAGUUUCAGAGUUCAAUGUAGCUGGUGAGAUUUCAGCUAAGAGGUCACACUCGGAGAGUUCAGGGAGCAAUUCGAGUGCUGUUUUGAUCAAAGAGUACUUCCUUACCGUCAAUGCAGCUGAUUUUGUGAUUGAGUUCUUCCCGGCUAAAGGCUCCUCUGGGUUUGUGAAUGCCAUAGAAAUUGUACCUGUUGUUGAUACCUUGUUUGUUGACUUGGUAAACAAAGUAGGUGGAAAUGGUGCAAAAAGCUCUCUGGACUUAAGCAAAAGGGGGAUUGAAACUAUGUAUAGGUUAAAUGUUGGGGGUUCUGACAUCAAAGCCAGUCAAGAUGAGCUUCAGAGAAUGUGGGGGGUGGAUUCGGGCUACAUGCUGACGGCUAAUGCUGGGGCAGAAAUUAAGAACAGAUCUAGUGUUACCUAUGCUUCUGAUAAUCAGACAUUAGCAGCGCCUCUUCUAGUGUAUGAAACGGCAAGAAGUAUGUCCAACACUCAAGUCUUGGAGAAGAUGUUCAACAUGUCAUGGAAAUUUGAAGUGGAUCCUGGUUUUGAUUAUUUGAUCCGGUUACACUUCUGUGAGCUAGAAUUUGGCAAGGCAAACCAAAGGAUUUUCAGAAUCUACAUAAACAAUCAGACUUCAGCCGACCAUUUUGAUGUUUUUGUGCGAGCAGGAGGGAAGAACAAAGCAUAUUAUCAGGACUAUUUUGAUGUGGUGUCCCCGAAAAUCAGCACCCUCUGGAUACAGCUGGGUCCUGACCCAGGCACCGGUGCUUCAGUAACUGAUGCUCUCUUGAAUGGCCUGGAGAUCUUCAAGCUGAGUAAAAAUGGCAAUCUUGCCAGCACAGAGACAUUCGGUCUAAAGGAGGGGAAUAAAGCUUCAAGAAGUCGAAUUCUUUGGGCAGGAAUUGGAGCAGGUAUAGCUUCUAUUGCCAUUCUUGCAGUUCUAGUGAUGUUAAUCUUUUCCUUCAGCAAAAGGUGGAGAAGUGAACGAGCUGAUGCCAAAAACAGCUCUCCCGGAUGGCGGCUGUUUUUCCUUUGUGGGGCUAUUACUAAUGGAACUGACAAAGAAAAGGGAUAUUUAGGAAUUCAGAAUCCAGUUGGGUUUACGGCCACUACUAGAGUUGGCAGGUGGUUCACACUGGCAGAGAUCAAAGCGGCAACAAAUUGCUUUGACGAUAAUUUGGUGAUUGGAAUUGGAGGAUUUGGCAAGGUGUACAAAGGGAAGAUGGAAGAUGGUACACGUGUGGCUAUCAAGCGGGCCAACCCACAAUCCGAGCAGGGCCUGGCAGAAUUUGAAGCAGAGAUCGAGAUGCUCUCUAGGCUCAGGCAUAGGCAUCUGGUCUCCCUAAUCGGCUUCUGUGAAGAACAGAAUGAAAUGAUCUUGGUGUAUGAGUAUAUGGAAAACGGGACACUUCGAAGUCAUCUUUUUGGGGGUAAGCUCCAACCAUUAUCUUGGAAGCAGCGACUAGAAAUUUGCAUUGGCGCUGCACGGGGCCUACAUUACCUUCACACUGGAUCCGAGCGAGGAAUUAUCCACAGGGACGUUAAGACAACCAACAUCCUCUUGGAUGAAAAUUUUGUCGCAAAAAUUUCUGAUUUUGGGUUAUCAAAAGCUGGCCCUGCUUUGGAACAUACCCAUGUUAGCACUGCAGUAAAAGGAAGCUUUGGGUAUCUUGAUCCCGAGUAUUUCAGGCGACAGCAGUUGACUGAGAAAUCUGAUGUUUACUCAUUCGGGGUGGUGUUGUUCGAAGUAGUUUGUGCUCGAUCUGUUAUAAACCCAAGCCUUCCAAGAGAUGAGAUCAAUCUUGCAGAAUGGGCAAUGAUAUGCCAAAGGCAGGGUUCACUCGGAAACAUUAUAGACCCACAGCUGCAAGGGCAAUAUUCUCCAGAAUCACUUAAGAAAUUUGCAGGUAUUGCUGAAAAAUGUCUUGCAGAUGAAGGGAAGAGCCGGCCAACAAUGGGAGAAGUUUUGUGGCACUUGGAGUAUGUCCUGCAACUCCAUGAAGCCUGGUUGCAUGCCAACGCCGGGGAAAAUUCCUCCUGUAGUAAUCAUAUGCUUCAGGUUAACGGGACUCCUGACGAAGGAAAAGCCGAGGAGGUUCAGCAGGCUGCGCGAGCAGUUGAAAACACCGGUUCAUCCCUAAAAAUGAAUGAUGGUGAAUGAUCUACUUUGGGGAAACCACCAAAUCACUUGCCGUGGUCAUUUGAGUCUACUUGAGUUUUCCCAGUUGAUAAAUCCACAGGAGAGGGGAAAGCUGAAAUCCAGAGACUUAUUUGUAUGCGGGCGUUGUUACAGGCACAGAUUCUUUGAUUAUUUUCCUCUGAAAACCCAUUUAGAGAAGGGAGAUUUCUGUUCUUUUGGUUUGUGGUUUUGUUUUGGGAAUCCUUCCUUUUGGGGGGGCUCACUCUCUGUUUUCAUUCUCAUUCUUUAAUUUUUUAUUUGUUUUGUUGUGACUUGUGCAGAAGCUACUUCUCUGAGCUCUUGUCAAUGAACAUUUUCUGCUGUGUCCAAUGGAUUGUUCCAUCAUCUUCUCAGUUUUAGUUAUUUGAUUCAGAUUUUGUGUCGAAGCUUUCAAAUUUCAAUGUGGCAAUAUCUCCCGAGUUCUGAGCCCAAAUGAUUCUAUUAGCUCUGUCUAGUCUACAAGCAAGUACAGGGCUUGUUCAGUAGAUAAAAUCUGUUUUUAUCACUUGAAAUUCUGUGAUUAAGUUGGUUACUCAGGCUCAACUGGCUUUUGUUUCUUUAUUUUUAUGUAUUAUUAUUAUUAUUUUUAGACUUACCUGAUUAACGAGGAGAAAA